AUGGCUUCCCCUACUUUGAACACGCCGCUACUCUUCCAUGGGACUUUCAUACAUUCAGUCAGCCCUGAGCAAGUCGAGAUCAUCUUGAACGGACUUCUUGUGGUGUCUCAUGAGGGGAAGAUAAUCUUCUUGCGAGCGAAUGUGCCAGCUCCAGAUGUCAAAAAGUUGCUGGGCUUUCUUCCCGGCCUGCCCAACGUGUCAGACUUACCAAUUCGAUUCCUCACCCGGGGCGAAUUCCUGGUGCCAGGGUUCAUCGACACGCACAAUCAUGCACCUCAAUGGACUCAGCGAGGCACAGGGCGGGGACUUCAGAUCAUGGACUGGUUGAACAAGGUGACCUUUCCGCACGAAGCGAAAUUCGAGGAUCCGGAAUAUGCUCGCAGAACGUAUGCGAGCUGCGUCGAGGGCUUCAUCAAGCAGGGCGUGACGACGGCCUCGUAUUACGGCAGCUUGCAUGGCGAGGCCACCAAGAUUUUGGCUGAUACCUGUCUUGAGAAAGGUCAGCGGGCACUGGUGGGCAAAUGCAACAUGGCCCGCAAUGCGCCCAGCUUCUACUGCGACAAAAGUAACAAAGAGUCCAUUGAUGUGACGGAGGACUUCAUCGCGCACGUCGAGAAGAUCGACCCGACAGGACAAUUGGUGCAGCCCAUCUUGACCCCACGAUUCGCGAUAUGCUGCGACGAAGAGCUGCUCGCGGGGAUUGGCAACAUCGCACGCAAAAACCCUAGCAUGAUGAUUCAGACCCAUUUCAACGAGACGAAGCAGGAGGUUGCCGUGACCAAGGAGUUGUUUCCUCAAUUCGACAACGAGGCCGACCUCUAUGAGCAUUUCGGAUUGUUUAGCCAACGGACGAUCAUGGCACAUUGCAUAUACCCGAAUGAGUAUGAGAUUGGAAAGAUCAAAGCCAACGACGUCGGGGUAGCACACUGUCCCGUCAGCAAUACAACAGGUGGUGAAUGGGGUGCCGCACCGAUCAAGGAGUAUCUGGAGAUGGGCAUCAAAGUCGGAUUGGGCACGGACUCGGGCGGCGGUUUCAGCAGUAGUAUUCUGGACGCCACCAGACAAGCAUUCAUAACCAGCCUUGGUCGGGAGCUGAUGACCGACGGUAAAGACCCGGCCUUGACCCUCAACGAGUGCUUUUAUCUUGCCACGCUGGGCGGAGCCAAAGUGUGCUGUAUGGCGGACAAGAUUGGGACGUUCGAGGUCGGGAAGGAGUUCGAUGCUCUCGAGAUAAGCACCGUAGUGGAAGAUGGGCAGAGUACAGUCGUGGAGGACGACGACUCGGCGGAAGUGAUGUUUGAAAAGUUCUUGAUGACGGGAGACGAUAGAAACAUUGUCAAAGUCUUUGUUAAAGGGAGGUCGAUCAAGAAAUAA